AUGGUGGACUACUACGAAGUGCUGGGCGUGCCCCGGCAGGCCUCGUCUGAGGCCAUCAAGAAGGCGUACCGCAAGCUGGCGCUCAAGUGGCACCCCGACAAAAACCCUGAGAACAAGGAGGCGGCGGAGCGGAGAUUCAAACAGGUGGCCGAGGCCUACGAGGUGCUGUCGGACGCCAAGAAACGCCAAGUGUACGACCGCUGCGGCGAGGCAGGGGUGAACGGCGGCGGCGCCGGCGGCGGGCCUUUCCAGGACCCCUUCGACUACAUCUUCACCUUCCGCGACCCGGUCGAGGUCUUCAGGGAGUUCUUCGGUGGCCAAGACCCCUUUUCAUUUGACUUCUUCGGAGACCCGCUUGAGAACAUUUUGGGGGGUCGGAGGUGCUCCCGGGGAAGCAGAAGCAGAGGGUCCGCACCCCUUUUCUCCACCUUCAGUGAAUUUCAAGCUUUUGGGGGUGGCGGUUCUCCUUUUGAUACAGGACUGACUUCCUUUGGUUCCCUGGGGAAUGGGGGCCUUUCUUCCUUCAACAUGUCCUGUGGUAGUGGUGGCACAGGCAGUUUCAAGUCCGUGUCGACAUCCACCGAAAUAGUUAAUGGGAAAAAAAUUACCACCAAGAGAAUCAUUGAGAAUGGGCAAGAGAGGGUGGAAGUGGAAGAAGAUGGAGAGUUAAAGUCCCUGACAAUAAAUGGCAAAGAGCAGUUGCUACACGUUAACACCAAGUAAUUCCAGUCCAUAUUUGACUUAAAGCACAUAUUGAGGAAUAGCAGACAUUUUUCUUUUAAGAUUGCAGGGGAACUAUACUUUCAGAACAGCUGUACCCAAGAAUUUAUGAACAGUUCAUGCCAACGUUUAUUUGUUGUUAUUGUUGGGACCACACAAUAGGACCUCUGUUUGUCUUUAGAACUGUUGUAAAUAUCUGUAUGCACUCUGCUGUUUAUUAAACUUAAUCCUGAGGCA